GUUAAAAAAAAAGUUCAAUUCCGGUGACCAAGAGUACCUCGCACGGAUACACAGACAAGACCAGGCCCGGUUCGCCUCUUUUCUCUUCUCGAAUUUCUCUCUCAGAUUCUAGUCCUUGGAGAGCAAAACCCUAGAAGCCAUUGAUACCUAUCCCACUGCUCAAUCCACACUGGUUGCUCCGCUACAAACCCUUCUGAAUUUCUUCUCUCCAAAAGCCCAAAUCGGUUUCUUUUUGUUGUUCCCCUUCCCAAUCCCAAAUCAUCACUUGACACAGCCAUGGAUGCUCAGAGAGCUCUGCUGGACGAACUUAUGGGCUCAGCUCGUAAUUUGACGGAGGAGGAGAGAAAGGGGUACAAGGAAAUUACUUGGGAUGAUAAGGAGGUUUGUAAAGCCUAUAUGGUUCGAUUUUGUCCUCACGAUCUCUUCGUUAACACUCGAAGCGAUCUAGGACCUUGCUCUAAAAUACAUGACCCAAAGUUGAAAGAAAGUUUUGAAGAGUCCCCGCGGCAUGAUGCUUAUGUAUCCAAGUUUGAAGCUGAACUUGCUCACUUUUGUGAGAAAUUGGUGAUGGAUUUGGAUAGAAGAGUAAAGCGUGGGAGAGAACGCCUUGCUCAGGAGGUGGAACCUGCGCCAGCUCCUCCACUGUCAGCUGAAAAGUCUGAACAACUAUCUGUUCUGGAGGAAAAGAUAAAGAACUUACUGGAACAAGUGGAGGCCCUAGGUGAAGCUGGAAAGGUCGAUGAAGCUGAAGCACUCAUGAGAAAGGUGGAUAUGCUUAAUUCCGAGAAGACAGCCUUGGAUCAGCAGCCCCAGAAUGAUAAAGUGUUGAUGCUGGCACAGGAGAAAAAAAUGGCACUCUGUGAGAUCUGUGGUUCAUUUCUUGUGGCCAAUGAUGCUGUAGAGAGAACUCAGUCUCAUGUUACAGGGAAACAGCAUAUUGGUUAUGGCAUGGUUCGGGAUUUUAUAGCUGAGUUCAAGGAAUCUAAAGAGAAGGCAAGGGAAGAAGAAAGGUUAGCGAGGGAGAAAGAAGCAGAAGAACGGAGGAAACAGAGGGAGAAGGAACAGGAGGAUAGAAGGAGAAGUAAUUCAAGUGAUAGGGACAGGUAUCGUGAUAGAGAUCGUGACAGGGAGCGGGACAGAUAUCGAGAACGAGACUCGGAUCAUGAAAGGUCGAGGGAGUGGAAUGGCAGAGGUAGUCGGGAUGGAGCGAGAGGGGUGGACCAUAGGUCCAGAAAUGGAAGAGAUGGAGGAAGGGAUAGGUACCGUGAUCGAAGCAGGUCACGUUCCCCUGUUAGGCACAGUCACAAAAGGUCACCUAGAAGUCCAGUUCGCCCGUAUUGAUGAAUCGUGUAGAAUGAUGUCUGAGCUUUGAAAUUUAAUGAGGUAGUUUCCAUAUCUCACAUCUUUGUUGAGACUACCAUCUCCCAUUCAUCAGUAUUAUUAGCGAAGAAAAUGGUUGAGGUAGGUAUAAUUUUAUUAUUGUAACUCAUUUUUACAUUUCAUUUUAGACUUGGGACGAGGCAAAUUUCCUUUUGCUGUAUGAAACUUCUGUCUUUACACAUAUUUAAGACAUCAGAACACCGCAGCUGGCGACAUGAUGAUUUUUAAUCAUUUUUGAGGUAACACAUUUAUCGUAUAUUUACCGUCACCAACCCAUGCAAUAUUUCCUUCUUUCCAUAGGUACACUUUUCCCUUUCUUUUCCAUCCUCCUGUAUCUGGUUUUUAGUUUUAACCACUCUGUUGCUGGUGCUGCUUGUUUAACCGGGAUGGGGAUCCGAAGAAACCAGUCAGUCAAAUGCGCGGAUUGUGUGCUACAUGUUCAUUCCUCUUGAGGUAGUUUUGGAGUUCAAAUUUCUGUCUCGGUCUCUGAGGAGCCGCUUUUGAGCAGAACUGUUGUUUCCAUGGGCAUGGACAUCUACUUCACCAGACUGGGAUGCGAUAUAAGAUUUGCCGUCAACGGUGAAUGGAGGUAACUGCCAAUCAUAACUCUGCAGAUUAGUGCAUUUCUUUUGAAGUUUUGCAGGAAGGGCAAGAUAAAAACCGGCAAACCUCGACGAUUAGAUUUGCUACGGGUCAAAUAUCUCUCAUGGCUAGCAAUGGUUUGCGGAGGGCGUCCCUGUUCAUCUUGCAGAACUAGUUUAAGAGUAGGGAGAAUUGAGUUACCAAAUGGAACUGAAAUGAUUGAAUAUGAUCGGUAUCACUUUUGACAUUGUCGCAUAAUCGAGAUCUUGUAAAGUUGUAUGAUCUCCAAACUUGUAGACGCCAUGGUCACCGAUGGGAAAGUGAAAUACAAUCAUAAUCCAGUAAUCCACUCAGCACUUGCUGAAGCUAAA